AUGGUUGAGUUCCCAUCCAGGGUUGGCUCAUCAAAGGUAGACACUAAGGGACCCAAAGCGGAGGGUUCCCAAGCGACUGGUGGCGAGGAUAAUCCUAGGAAACGCUCUCGAUUCGGUUCUAUUGGGAAUUCUCCAGAUAAGCCAAUCAAUGUUGAUGAGUUUCUCUCAAUGUUUGAACCUGCAAUACUGCACGAUUAUGGCAAGGACGAAGAGAUUUCUCUUAGUAAAGAAGAAGCUCCUCCCAUUGUCUGUGACCGGUCAUUCACAGUUUACGAUAUUGAUGGCAAUCCUCAUGAAUUCAUGCCAGAAUUCCAUCAUGGUGUCUUCAAUGACCGGUUCCAAGAGUUUAUGGAUCUUGUUUAUGAUGGUUACAUUGAGGGUCAUCCUCCUCACAUCGUGGAUCCGCAAAAAUCUUGUCUGGCAAAAUUGCAUCAUCAAGACUUUUCGACCAUGUCUGCCUCAGACAUCCAGAACAAAAUGUGCCAUAAACAGGUCGUCGUCACUGGGCUCCCCUUCAAUGAAAAGAUGCAGUUUGAUGCCAAAGGCCUUCGCACCCUUGUUGGUUCCAUGACUGCACAGAUCUCCAUUACCGACUUCUCAGUCAUCAACCCAGGGACCGACUGUGUUCCCUCUGUUGUCAGUGGCUAUGUUAACGACCUUCUUGAGAAUGCCUCAAGCACCGGCAAGAUUUUGAACGGACUUGACCUCCCCAUGUGGUCUUCCUAUCAUCCUUCAAACAAUUAUGAAACAGAUGCUGUUGCAUGGAAUGUUACCCGUGGGACCCACAGAAUUCCACUUCAUGGACCCUUCCCAACCCAGGACCGUGAAUGGGGUAUUGCCGGUCUUAAGCAUGUUCUCACUUUUCUCCACAUUGACUGCGAUGGACCACAAGAUUUGAAAAAACUCUCUUCAAUUGACUUCUACAUGGAUGAAGAUGGUUUUUCUCUCUCUGGGAAGCCCAAGGAUAUCAAGUAUGACUUUGAGGCUGUUGUUCUUUGGCCUGGUGAUGAACUUCAUAUGCUGCCCAAUUCUGCACAUUGGGUAUAUGGCAUAGAUGAUGUGGUUGCACAGGGCGGUCAUUACUAUUCCUCGUAUCUUAUGCAGGAGACUCUGCAAGGCAUUGUACAUGCCUUUGUUCUCAACAAGUUUUUAACAAACACGGAGCAUAUUCCCUCUCGUCACCUAUUGCGGAGGAUCCUGAUCUUCUACCAAGUUGGCCUCAUUGAGGGUGGCAUCUCUGAAGACGAUCCUGCAUCAGUUCAUCUACCUAACGUCGAGACGAUGGAGGGCAUGCUCAAUAUCAUCUGUCUUGCAGUCCUGAUUAUUCUUGGCAAUGUUCUAGAUUUCAGGACUUACAGCACUCCAAAUCAAGGGGAAGAUGAUGAAGCCUCUCCUACCCAAAGAACAUUGAUGGACACUGGUGACAUCAAUGCCAUACCCAACAAUGAAAGAAUCGCGUAUUGCUAUGCACGUGGCGUGGCUUUACACAUCCUCAAGUGGCUCCGUUCAUGUGCCACUUUCACUGGCCCACCAGAUGGUCUUGCCGACGAUCUGAUAUCUCUUUUUUUUGUUCAGAUUUUGGCUAGUCUAUCAGACUACAAAAGCCUUGCUGAAGCAAAGAGUUAUGGUGGAGUCCCCCAUUGCACCUCCCAUUUGCUCAGUAAACAGAUUGCCAACAUUCUUGAGGUAGAUCCGAUUCUGAAGGCUGCAUGGGCAUAUAAAGAACGUGUUCCUUCAUGCUCUCUAGCUCUUGAGGAGAAGGAGAAGUACAAUGUUGAAUGGCAGUGUGAAUGGGAACCCACGUUGUGGAGAGCCCCAUCUGUUGAUUUUGCUCUUGCAGGGCAGACUCCAUUUGAUAUCAAGUACUUUCAGGCCACUAAGCUGCGGAUUAACUCUGAGAACGCCAACAUGAUUGUUGAUGUUGUCAAACCUCCACGCAAGAAAGCAAAAGUGGAAUAA